UGUUCAGCAGACGGUUGAUCAAGCGGUUGAGCGAUACUGAAAGCUUUUUUUUUCUUUUAUUUUGUUUUGAUCACUGAUCAAUCUAAUGAUAUCAAAAAUUAUGUUUUGAUAUAUCUUUAUAGACAUUUAUUCUACAGACCGCGAAUAUUUGUAUGUAACCAUCGAAUUCCAUCGCAUCCUAAUCAACAUUUUGUGUUCGUACACAAAAUUAUUCGAACCAGUAGUAUCAUGGAAUCCGCCGGUGGUCAGUCUAGUCGCCAGGAUACUGCUUUGGUACAGAAAGUAAAGGGGUUACUGAUGAGGGCCUGGCGUGAAAGAUGGAAUGAAAUACAAUGGGGAAUCCACCUGAAAAAGUUAAUUACUUCAGCACAAACUGGAACAGAUACAAAAGAAAUUGCUGUGUUGCUCCUGCAGCAAGCCUUGGUUGGGGCACAUCCAAACAGCUUAAUACUGUCAUAUGUAAAACAUGCUGUCUUCACCAAGUUGAUACCAAGUGUUGCAGCCUUUAAAUAUAUCUACAACUAUGAGGAUUUCAAUAAGCCACACUGUGUUCUUGCGCUGGUGGAGAUGGCCAAGGAAUUCGCUAUACAUAUGAGUUACAGUUUUGUGUCGGAGGGUGGUGUAACAUUGUGCCAGACGCUGCAGUCUCUUAUCCACUGGCUCCUGAAGGUGAUGCUCAGGUCGGUACAGCAGUACCAGGAGAGUCGGCAGGCCGAGUACCAGAAUGUUCUCCAUGCGGCGGCACUCGCUGCUGAUGCUAUAACAGAUAGUAAGACGGUGAAUGGAUUGCUUUAUAUAGCACAAAGUGAAGACUCGGAGAUAUUUUGUGAGAUGGAGCAAACAGAGUUGAAUGUUAGAGGUACCCUGUCACAAAUCUCCCAGGAUGCUAUAUCAGAGGACGUCAGACAAGAUGUUUCCAACUUAAACUUUCUUAAAAGUGUAAAGUGUAUGGUAAUGCCAGCAGAUGCUCUGUUAGAUGUUGCUCACCUGCCAAUCUGUCCAACAAUUGUUACCAUGGUAGGAUUAGAAGCUGUCCUCAACCCAACAAGUGACAUGCAACCUUUUGUAGACCAACUGUUUGUCCUGGAAAAACUCAUGAAACUUCAGAGGCCGUACUUGUUUUGUGAGCUGUUCAGGGCGUGUUUCAUGGGCUUGAUUGACCUGAAGUCAGGGGAAAGUCAAGAACAGUAUAGAUGGUGUGCUUUUACUUUCCUAAAGGUACCACAGAUUCUGCAGAAAAUACAACAACAACAACCAAGUCGCGAUUUCAGCUCGGACCUAGAGGAAGGCUUCAGCAAGUUAUUGUACAGCUCUAACAUGCUGGAUCUGGCAGACAUCAAACACAAUUGUGAUUUACUGAGCUAUCUUCUUGGGGAAUGUUCUAAGGUUAAUCUCAUCUCAGAAUCUCAACAGAAAAGGAUUCAGCUUAGAAGGAAUGGAGAAUCUCAGAAGCCGCGGCCAAGUGACCAACAAGGUACACUUACCUGUGCUGCUCUCAUCAUCCGAGCUGAAACAACUUUCAAUAGUAUUCUAAAGACUCUAGAUGCUGACUACUCGAAGAAUCAGGAGUCAUUGUUUGGAGUCCUGCAGCACAUGCUGUCUGGGAAGAACUUUGGUUUGAUUCUGGCCGCUGCAGCAGCAACAGGAAAACUGCAGGUCUUCUGUUUCAAACUGAUCAAAAUAAGUGAGUUUGCUCGACAGAGCCCUGGUGAAGGAGGCAAGGCAUCACAGUACAGAGCAUGGUUGUUUGACAUUUCAUUUCUCAUGUUAUGUCAUAUUACACAGGUUUAUGGCACUGAGAUGAUAAUGUCAAGUGCAGAGUGUAUGGACACAUUCUUUGUACAGUGGGCACUACGAUGUUUCCCAGAGGAUGGCAAGUACAAAUCCAUAGACAACAGUAUGCCAGUAGAUACAGCUAAAGUAGACUUCCUCCUCAAUGCAUUAACACAGGGGACAGAUCUAUCACAAGGAGCACCAAAAUGGCAUGAGAUAUGUACAAACAUACCCUGGGCAAUACAAGAAGUUCUGUUUGCCUGGGAACAUGGAUCCUUGGCAUCUGAAACUAUAAAGAUGAUAUUGAGCCAUGUGAAGAACCGUAUGUUAUGUUUGCCGAUCGUUGUGGCAGCGUGGUUGUGUAGUUACAUCAACAUGCUCAGUGACGAUGCGAGGACUAAACCACUGUCCAUGCUUCAGCAGUUGAUACAACCAUUGACUGGAGAAAAUACACCUCAGUACUAUUCUGAAAGGUCACAUCUUAUGCAUCUGAUAGUUCAGAAAAUGAUACAUGAAAUCCUCCCAACAUCAAAGAGACCGCCUACACCUCAGUAUAUCCCAGCAAACAGUUUACCAGCAGAGGUAAUGGCAAAGACAAUGAAGGGAUUGUUCUUCAAGGGUUGGAUGGAUAUGGAGUGUCUACGAACAUUGGAAGCAAUAUUGAAUCUCUGCGGAUCAGACUGGUUUGCAGACCGGCUAGUUAUGCACAUGUUAGACAGUUAUAGAGUGGAGGACAUGAGCCUCAACCUGAGCCUGGUGUUUGCUGUCUCACAUAUGGAUCUGGAGCAUAUAACACUGAGUCUGCUGCUACACACAAUCCCUGGGUUGCUGCUCUCUGCUGACAAACAUGUACAACUUACAGAUCCUAAAGGUUACACACUAGCCAAGUAUUGUGUGCUGACCAUCACUGCAGCUCAGACCUCGAAAUCGUCACAGAAAGCUGAAACAUCAGCCAUAUACAGACGUGGGAGGAAGAGGUCACGUAAAGAAUUUGACCUUGAUGACCUUGAUGAUACCCAGCCACAGAAACGUAGUAAAACCAUGGAACCACAGAUCACAUUGGACUCAGAGGGAUUUAAUUUUGAUUUUCUGAAUGUGAAGGAUGAUGGUGAUUCUAGUCCAGUUAUUGACACCAAAGAUCCACUCAACAAAGCUCUUAUGAAUUUAUUCCGGUUGAUGAAUGCUAUUGUACAUGAUGGGAAUGUAAGCCCUAAGACAAGUUUUGUGAUCAGUUUUGUUGAUGAGGCAAUCAGAUGUGGCCAGCAUUCCAGAUAUAUACUACAGUUCAUGCCACAUAAUAUGCUAUGCCAGAUCCUGAAAUGUAUCCCAGGCGUGUUUGGGAAUGAGAAAAUACUUCAGAUAUGUGACCUGGCCAAUGUGACUGGUAGAAAAAUAGCAGCUAAAGCAAUAUGUCAAAGUGCUAGAUAUGAGAAGGACUGAAAAUUUAUGUGAAAUGUUGGGUUAUCUUUGAGGUGUAAAGUAUAGGGAGUGAACAAGAGGCUGGAGCAGCCUACAUAGUCUACUACAACUACAAGAAAAUGUGUACUGUGUUAGCAAUAAAUCCCACUAACCAAACAUUGAACUACACUGACAGUUUGGUAUGCUAGUUUGCAUAAGUAAUACUGGCAACUUUCAGACAUUAAAUACAGUAGUAUGACAAAGUUUCAAAAUCUAAUAAAAUGUGUGAGGUUAAGUGCUCAUGGAUUCAUAUAUCAUAUUUAUUAUAUCAAAAUUUCAGUUGAAACUGACUAUAAAAUGAACUUUUCCUCUUAAGUUAUAUUAAGUAGGUCUAUUUUGUUUGUUUUUUGUUUUUUCUGAAUAUUUUUGAAUUUAAACACUAUGGAAAAAAAUCUUCCAAAAUUUACCUUAAAUUUAGUUGUAUCAGACCCAUGGACCCAGUUGCCAAAUUGUGUGUUUGUACCAGUGCUAUGAUUUUUUUGAAAUUUAAAAAUAGCAACCCUACUUACAAAAAAAAGUAGUUAACCAUCUGAGAUCAGAUACUUGAUCAAUGGUAUUUCAGUGAGAAAAUGGACAGAUUAUCUUACAUGAAAUUAGUUCCAGUUCUCGGUAAAGAAGGUAUCCGAUGUGCUGAAUAGAAAAAUGUGUUCAUAAGCUAUUCUAUAUACAUGAUAUAGAAAUAUUGUAUUUUGUAAAAUGUGCUAUAAAAUAUGUAAAUGUGA